GCUCGCCACACUACCUGAACCUGACCUCCCUCCCGCUCUUCAUCCCGGGCGAGGUCCAGGGCCAGCCGAUCUCCUUCUCCAAGUCCGUCGUGCUCUGGGCCUCGCCGUUCGAUGAGGGCGCAGACGAGCUGGCCAGCGAGCUCGCCACCAAUUUCUCCGGUCUCACCGUCUCCACCGCCGAGGAGGCGGGCGACGCCACGCACAUGCUUCUCUAUCUGAACGCCGACACCUGGUCCGACGAGCGGCUGGCCGAGCAGGUCAAGCAGGCGCGCCAGGACAGGCUGAAGAUCGUCAUGGCGCACGAGAACGACCUCGACCGCGGCGGCUGUGAGUUCGCCAAGUUUUUUGAGACCACGCCGCAGGAGCUCAUCAACGCCGGGCUCUACGACGCCCUCGCCAUUGCCUGCUUCCCUGGCCUGCACCAUGAGGUGUCGCUCGUGCUGCUGGCCAAGGCUCUGGGCGCAACCCCGGUGAGCGCUCGCUCGAGCAUCCGCGACUCGCUUUCGAAUAUCGGGCGCUUCACUACCGUGCCUCGCGGCUCGACGACGUCCGACCCAGUCGUUACCGAGGAGGAUUCGCAGCUGGAGCAGCUGCCAGAGGUGGAGCAGGUGUAGAGGUGACGAGCAACUUUGCAGUUCGGCUCAAGCGGCAAGGGUUGGAUCGCGCUAACCACUUCCAGGAGUGCGCUGCGUUGGCAUAGGGCGUUUUAUGUAACAUGCUGAGGCUUCCUCGUAACGACGAGCUAAUAGAGACGACUCUCUCUCAUCCCCACUGUGAACAGUCGGGAUCUGUAUUUGCGCAGCUAAAUGUAUAGAACUUUACAACAAAAUGUAUAG